CGCAUCGACACUGUGAGGUAGUUUUUGAAAAUAAGAUUUAUGUGGUUAUCUUUUUGGUCAAAGUUUUACACCGUAGUACGAAUAGGUUUUCAAUCUCUGCUGUAGUAACUUAUCUUACUACCACGAAGACAGUUUGUGCUGUGCUGUCGUUUGCAUUCAUUGUAGCUUUGUGUUGUGUAGUACAGACUCGGAGUUGGAUAAAGUGGUCGUUACAUUACAUGUAUAAUCUAGUCAAAUGAACAAGGCAGCCCAGCUGUAAUUUAUGAUAAAAACGUCAGUUACAGUGAAACAUCCCUUUCUGGGUGCACUGAUGAAUCGCCUGUGAUUCUAAAACUGUCAUGAAGUCCAGUGGGUCUGUAUUCACAAGGCAGAAUCCCUUCCCGCCUGCAUCAACCGGGAGGAGAGCACACUACCACCCAUCUCGCAAGCAGGCCAUCUCAAAGAAAGAGAAGAAAACGACUCCGAGUCCUGUACGUUCAAAGCAACGAUCCAGUCCACAUUUACACGCUCGGCUGGACAGGGAACGCGACCACCAUUUUUCCUCCACCGAUGGACGCCCUGGUUUUGAUGAGUACUGGCCCUCCACCGACGGUGGAGCUUCUCCUGACAGCAAUCAAGGCUUGUCUGACAUGGAGGCGCCCAAACAGCCGGUGACAGUCGCCUCAGCUCCAGGAGGUCAGCAGGAUUCGGUGCUGGCGAAAUAUAUAGAACGUUUUCGCCGCGGUCGGCCGCAGAGUCGAGAGGAGCGGCAGCAGAUGUCUUCUGCUGUUGGAGAGGAGGAGCGGGUGCCGUUUUGGUGGGCGUCAGACUCAUCUUUGCCGGCCAGUUCGACGCCAACUAAAACAACAGACAAAGGUGACCACAGUCCAGCUCGGCGGCAUCAACGUGAGAGAUCCCUUUCCCCGUGUGGAGGAUCCCUCAGUAUUUUGUCUGACGCUUCCCAGUCUGAAUUCGAUGACGCAGAGAUAUUACAUCUUCAAGAAAGAGCCAACAGACUUUUGCUGCGAGGCGAAUACACUGUGAGUGAUGGAUCUAACCCUGUCAGCUCCGAGGGCCUGGGAGGCUCAGAUUUCUCCUCUCCGGUCACUGUAGAUGAGCCGGCGCGACGACCUGCGAUUGCAAGUUUACUACGAGCUUCAGCUGGGAUGGUCAGUUCAGACUCAGUCCACGCUGUCACGGUGCCCCCCACGCGUCCUGAGGAAGAUAUCUUGUUCCAGUGGCGUUUAAGGAGAAAGAUGGAGCAAGCCAGGGAGUGGCCUCGGACCCCGCAGCCCUCCAGUCUCCACGGUUCUACAUUUAGCUGGCGGUCCCCCAUCUUAAGCCAUCCAUCAUCUGGUGGACAAGCUCACGAGCAACAGCAGAGAACGCAACCUUCUCAGUCCUCACAAGGCGAUAUGCAUCCACAUGCCCCUGCUCCCCAGCAAGAGGCCCACAGUCCGCCACUUCCUGCUUAUGUGGUCCCUGGCUCCUCGGUCUCUCAGCCCCAGGCCAUUGCCCAUGUUCCUGCCCAUAUGCAUUUACUCUGUGAUGUCUUGCCCUGUCCCAUCCAGUCGUCUCAGGCUGGAUCGCAGCAAGGCGUUGCUCAAAGGUUAAAUGAGCCUCAGGCCACCGUCGUCGACAAAAAGGGGACCCAGGUCCCCCCUGCAAGCUCGACGAACCCCUCCAGCGAUGCGCCUCUUGGUGAGAACACGCCGUCCCCUCAUUCCGCUCUGCCCGGAGCUCUAGGGCAAGAGUGGCCUAGUCGCCAAACAAUACCAGAGAGGAACAAGACAAAGAAAGCGGACACAAAAGAGCCAGAGAAGAAUGAGAAGAAGACGGCAGUCAGACAGCAAAGGAAAGAAAAAGAAAGGACUUGUUCGCAUCAAAGGCUUCCCAAAAAGGUCACGCGGUGCAGGGAGCCGCUUCGCCAGGAGGGAAACCAGGAGUCGGCCAGUGAAAGCUGCAGUGGUGAUCAUGAACCACCACCCUCUCCGAUCCACAGUGCCUUAGGACAGGUAGUUUCAGAGGUAUUGUUCCCCGCGGUGGAUUCACCUGCUGCACAGAAUAUCCCUGUUCCACGUGUGUUACCUCCUCACGCCGUCUCUACACCCUCACACUCCCCAGUCCCUCCGUGCAAUGCGCAGAACUCCGUGGAAGCCAUUUCACAGCUGCUGCAAGAAGCUGAAGAUUCUGAUGAGAAAGAAUUUGAAGGUGACCCUUUGUUACAAGUCCUUCGCAAACAAAGAAAAUGGGUUAAGGAGCAAAUCAGUGAAGUGGACUCCAUGUUGAAUGAAUUUCCAGAAGGAGAAUAACACAUUACUUGAACACUGGCAACAGGCACUUGUAGUUUCUUUUUUUAUUAUCAUCAUUUUUAUAAAGAAAUAAAGUUUAUUUGCACUUUU